AUGGAAACCCAGGAGAAGAUAAUUGUCACACUACAGCGGGACAACGAGGCACUCCUGAGAGAAAAGAAGGAGAUCGCGAGUCGAUGCAAGAAACUGGAGCAUGAUUUCGAGCACCUAGAGGCAAAGCAUAGCUUGCUUCUCAGUGCACAGCAAGAUUUUGCGACAAGAUCUAACAUGCAUGCAUCAAAUGACUCUGCCAAGAUCGCAAAUCUCCAAGCACAAGUCGAGGAGCUUCAAGCCAAUUUGGAGACGGAAAAAAGGCGAUGCGCUAUACUGCUGCAAGAGAGAAACGACCUGACUCGGUCUAAGGGUGACGCUCCUAUUCAUGUUAACAGCGCUGAAAUCGCUAACGUGGCUGUGGUGAGAGAAGAGCACAAUAGGAGCGAAGAUACGGUGGCGAAGCUGCGUGAGUCCCAGCGUGUUCACAGCAUUCAGAAAGGCACGAUCGACGCGUUGCAUUCGGAGGUUGCCCGCUUAGAGUCUGAGAGGAGGGUCUCGCAUAGCCGAGAGAACAAUUUGCUGCGCGAAGUAGACAGCCUGCGAGCCCAAGUGCGGGAUUUAGAGAUGGCUUUACACCAGAAGAAAGAGAGCAUCAGCGAACUUAUCAGCAGUUGCCAAGCGGGUAGCGGCAACGCGCUGCGUCUGAAGAAGCAAGCAAGUCGAAUUCAUCUAUUAGAGGCUGCCUUGCUUGAAAAGGACGAGUUUACUAAGAGAGCGAUGGAAGAGUUGCGCAUAGAAACGAAGGAAGUGUGCGAGCGCUACCAAAGUACAAUCACUGAGUUACAACAGCGUUUGGAAGUCCCAAAGGAUGAUCCCGAGCUGCGAAGACGUAUUCGGAUUCUCGAACGAGAGAACCUCGAGCUUCGCCGUGCAAUCGGAAGUGCUACUGUUUCUUCAGCCAUAGACAGUGGUGAACCAGCGAAGGCGGUAACAAUUAAUCCCAAGCACCAGGCAGACGCAACUGGCAACACAGACAAGCCUGAGGGGCAGGGUCUCAAGGGUCCUUCACCUCACGAGGUUGAAACUACACACCUUCAAUCAGUCAUUGAGCAACUCCGCACAGGCAUUUGGGAGCACAAGCAACGCAGCAGCAUGCUUCAGGGAAAGCUCGACAGCAUACACGCUGAAUGGGAUGCUAGACUUGCCGAGAUGAAAGCUAACUUCGCUCUUCAGAUACAGAAGCUGCGCUCUGCCCAUAAUGAGGAGCUGAGUCGCCUCGAGGCCAGUCAUAAAUCUCAGCUGCUGGAGAUUUCCAAGUGCUCAAAGUCGGAUAACGGAGCCAACUUAGCUUCCAGAUUAUCUCGAAUUGUCGAGGAAAAAGGCUACGAUGCCUCCCUGAUUGCCAUUGGAGAGAGGCUUUGCUAUUUGGAGAAGCGGUAUUCUCAAAAAGAGGAGGAGAAAAUACAUGAGCUUCUAGAAAUGCAACGUGUAGCCGAGCUGGAGAAGAAGAUUCAAAAGGAGAAGACUGAUUUACUACUCGAGCAAAAAAACACGCAAAUCAAGCGUUUUCAGAUACAACUGGAUGAACUGCUCACAGCUCUUUCCAUUUUGCAGGCCACAACAUGA